CGAGUGCAAGAAUAGUUUUGCUUAUAUAAGAAGUGUGCUUGCCAUUCAAUAUGUUAAUUCUGCCAAUUGUGCCAAAACAAACCAGACACCAUAGCCAUGAACAAGUUCGCUACCUUGGCGGUUAUCUUCUGCGCCUGCAUCGUGGGCAGCUGCUAUGCCAGCUACGGACCCCAGGUGUAUCGCCAGGACGGCUCCGCUGCCUCGGCCGCCAGCUCGGCGGCUGCUGCGGAAAACCAGGGACAGCCGCGUUAUGAGCGCCCCGUGGAGAUCAUUGCCGGCGGACCGCGUUACGGUCCCGAGAUCCUGCGUCCCAUCCAGAUCAGCGGCGGAUACGGCGGCGAGCGUCGCCCUGCAUACGGACCCCGUCGUCCUGCAUACGGACCCCGUUGGACCGUCCAGCCCGCCGGAGCCACUCUCCUGUAUCCCGGACAGAACAACUACCGCGCCUACGUCUCGCCCCCGGAGUACAGCAAGGUGAUCCUGCCCAUCCGGCCCGCCGCGCCCGUGGCCAAGCUCUUCAUCCCCGAGAACCAGUACGCCAGCUCCUACGGUGCCGCUCCCCAAUACAGCGCUCCCCGCAGCAGCGGCUACUAGGCGCAUACUCGAUCCCAGCCGCCACGGCGGAUACUUGAUCUCAGCCUGAUAGUGUACAUAAUAAACCAGAAAAGAAAAUCCUAA